AUGAAAAUGAAAAUCGCAUUAUCGCAGGCAACCACGCUGGGCAUAGACUUCGUCAAGUGCAUCGAAACUCUACAAACGUCCCCAUAUUGCAAGCGGAACUCCAACGCGGAGCUCACGUUGGCGAUUCUUGAGGACAUGCGCAAGAAGCAAAACGUCAUCGACGCAGUCAGCUACAAACUGGCUAUUUGCACGUGCGCCAAGUGCGGAUAUACGGACGACGCACUGCAACUGUACGACGAGAUGAUCCGAAACAAACACGCUGCGGACCACGGGGUCAUGCGCGCCAUCAUGGCGCAGCUGGCCAAAGAGGGAAGGGGUAUGGAGUGCAGUAGAAUGUUCCAGGACAUGAAAAAACUGGAUGCAGUCACUAAAGGCGACGAAACGUUCGUGCAACCCGCAGACUACCUCAAAGUGAUCGAGGCAUGCUCCAAGGCGCAACUGUACGGAGAGGCGUUUGAAGCGUACAAGGAAAUGAAGCAGCUUAAAAGCUACUCACCAACACCAGCAGUGGUCAACGAGAUGCUAUCGCUGUGCUACAUGACGGGGAACUGGCGAGAAGCAAUGGAACUUUACGCAGGACUGGUGAAGGAAAACAAAACACCGACGCUGCAUCAGUUCAAGCUGUUGUUGAGCACACUGCUCAUGUCGCGGAAAUUCACAGAAAUGGAGUCGGUAUACAGCCAGAUGCAACAGGAACCCAUACAAAUGGAUGCAAUGUCCUACCAACUGCUGCUGGACGCUUACGCGAAGACGGGGCAAUUCAAAAAGGCGCUCAAGAUUAUAGAGGAUAUGGAACGUCAACGACGACUCCAAGGGCAAUAUGAGCCUUUCAUAUCCGCCGUUGAAGCGUGUAGGCAAUCUGGUGAGUGGAAGCUUGCACUGCAGUUGUUGAGGAAAGCGCAUGAGCAUAAUACGCACAAAUCCAUAGACAUGUACAACGCAGUGCUUGCAGUAUUCUCCGUCGCAGAGGAGUGGGAUUCAAUCAUAUCGCUGCACCGCGAAAUCGACAACGCGUGCAAAGAAUCGACGGGAACGGCCAACAGCGUUGCUAUGAACGGAGAUACCGUAGCAUACGCCGCCAUGGCUUAUUUCUACACAGGGGACAGGACACAGGCAAACACACUGCUGCAGUUGCCUGUUACUGACACACCAUUGCUCGUAAAAAUCAGGAGCAGCAUCCAAGCCGAGCUUCUGUCUGAAGCGCCGGGGCGAGGGGAAGGACGAGUGUAG